AUGAUCAACAAGAUGUCGGAUGCGCUGCUGCAUCCGAAGGUCAAGAAGGUGCAGGAAGAGAUCAACAUUUUGAUGGGACUGCCACGGAACGCCCACUUCGUGCCGCCCUCCAAAGGAUCGGAGCUGUUCCUCUACAGGCCCGAUGGCGAUGCGCCAGUCCCAACAUCUUCCUUGCCGUUGUUUCAGGACGAGGACGGUGAUGAGGCACACGAGUUCCUGAUUGAAGAUCAGGAAACUGGCGAGCUGAAGGUACAAGGAACGUCCAGUCUGAAGCAGGAGAUGUGGUACGUUGUGGUACACAAGCCUGCGGUCAUGAUUCGGGAGCAGCCCGACGAAAAGGCCAAGAUGGUUGGCCGCAAGAAGGCUGGUAAGAGACUGAAGGUGCAGCACGUCAAGGACGGUAAGUGGCUGCAGCUGCACAACUCCGAGCUCGUGAAGCUCGGAGUCCAGGAGGCCUGGGUUCUGCUGGACCCGGUCGAAGCUGGGUUGCCUCCCGGCCAACCUCUGUUAGAGAAAGUGGCAGCAUGA